AUGAGUCUUCGAGCUGCUCUGCCCCGUGCUGGUGCGCUGCGCACCGCUGCGCGCCCCUCGGCCGCCAUGGCCCAAGCCGUCACCAUCCCCAGCGCUUCUCGCGGAUACGCCGACAAGCCAGCACCAGAGAAGCGCGCUACCGCCCUCCUCGAUCUCCUGCCCGGCAACUCCAUUGUCAGCAAGACUGGAUGGGUCACAGCUGGAACUGGCAUCGGGGCUUUGGCCAUCUCCAACGAACUCUACGUUGCCAACGAUGAGACCGUCAUCCUCGCCGGCUUCGUCAUCUUCGCUACCCUCAUCGGAAGAACCCUUUCCGGUCCCUACCAGGAGUGGGCCCAGGGCCAAGUUGACGUGAGCAUCAUGGAUGGAAAUGGCGUAGAGCUGGACCAGAGCGGGCCGAUUGCAGUAAUACGAGCCUACUUUGCGAUCCACUGGGGACGUCGCAAAUUCACGAACAUCCUGAACGGAGCUCGUGCCGAACACACCAAGGCAGUCCAGAGCCGCAUUGACAACGUGUCCCAACAACAAGACGUUGUCAACAUCACCAAGUCUCUCUUUACUCUCGCAAAGGAGACUGCGCAAACCGAACAAGCCGCAUUCGAGCUUCGCCAGAAGACCGAAUUGGCUGCCGAGGUCAAGUCCGUUCUUGACUCUUGGGUGCGCUACGAGGCUCAAGAGCGUGAGGCUGAGCAGAAGCAGCUCGCGCGAUCCGUCAUCGAGAAGGUUACUGCCAGCCUGCGCGACGAGAAGCUCCAGAAGUCGAUCCUGGACGAUGCCGUCUCCGAGAUCGAGCGUCUUGUCAAGAGCAAGGCUAUCUAG